AUCUUUGGUCUUUCAUUCCCCCCUCUCGUGCGAAGGAGAAGAAAACCCUAAUCCAGGAAAGAAGGCCAGAGGAAGGGGGAGGAGAGGACGAGGAAGACUGACGGGGGCGCGCGAGUGAGCUAGCUUUUGGACUGAGGAGGCUUGCUGUUUCUCUUGUCUUCUUGUCUUCCCGUGCAAAGGUUGGGGAAAAAAAAAUCGUCAUCAACAAAUCAGGCUGACCGAGGUAAUUUGGUAAAGAGUGUCUCCAUAUCCCCAUCAUGGUUGCUUCGAUUGCCGCUUCGGCCUUUUUCCCCACACCAUCUUUCUCCCCCACGGCAUCAGCAAAAGCUUCGAAGACCAUUGGUGAAGGCUCCGAGAAUUUGGAUGUUCGGGGUAUCAUAGCCAAACCCACCUCUUCUUCGGCGGCUAUGCAGGGUAAGGUGAUGGCCCAAGCCGUCCCCAAGAUCAAUGGCGCGAAGGUUGGCCUGAAAGCUGAAUCCCAAAAGGCUGAGGAAGAUGCUGCCCCUUCCUCAGCCCCGAGGACAUUCUAUAAUCAACUACCUGACUGGAGCGUGCUCCUUGCCGCCGUAACAACGAUCUUUUUGGCUGCCGAGAAGCAGUGGACCCUUCUUGAUUGGAAGCCACGGCGUCCCGACAUGCUUACUGAUGCAUUUAGCCUUGGGAAGAUUGUGCAGGAUGGACUAGUUUUCAGGCAGAACUUUUCCAUCAGGUCAUAUGAGAUUGGGGCUGAUCGGACGGCUUCUAUAGAAACGUUAAUGAACCAUUUACAGGAAACAGCACUUAAUCAUGUGAGGAAUGCUGGGCUUCUGGGCGAUGGUUUUGGUGCCACACCAGAGAUGAGUAAAAGAAAUUUGAUUUGGGUUGUCACUAAAAUGCAGGUCCUGAUUGAGCACUAUCCUUCCUGGGGGGAUGUUGUUGAAGUAGAUACAUGGGUUGGUGCAUCUGGUAAAAAUGGGAUGCGUCGUGAUUGGCAUGUUCGUGACUACCGAACAGGCCAAACUAUAUUGAGAGCCACCAGUAUCUGGGUGAUGAUGAAUAAACACACUAGGAAGUUGUCUAAAAUGCCCGAAGAAGUCAGAGCAGAGAUAGGGCCUUACUUUAUGGAACAUGCUGCUAUUGUGGACGAGGACAGCAGAAAGCUUCCAAAGCUUGAUGAUGAUACUGCAGAUUAUAUUAAAUGGGGCCUGACUCCUCGAUGGAGUGAUUUAGAUGUGAAUCAGCAUGUGAACAAUGUCAAAUAUAUAGGCUGGAUUCUUGAGAGCGCUCCAAUAUCAAUCCUGGAGAAUCACGAGCUGGCGAGUAUGACUCUGGAAUAUAGGAGGGAGUGUGGGAGGGACAGCGUUCUGCAAUCCCUCACCGCAGUCGCUAAUGACUGCACUGGUGGCCUUCCAGAAGCUAGCAUCGAGUGCCAGCAUCUGCUGCAGCUGGAAUGCGGGGCCGAGAUUGUUAGGGGACGGACACAGUGGAGGCCCAGGCGUGCCUCCGGUCCCACUUCAGCUGGAAGUGCUUGAUGUUGCGUUUGAAAUACUGAUGCUUUUUCCAUUCUCAAUUGGGGCAGGAGGGAGCUUAGUGGGUUUGGUCUUUUCUUUUUAAAGAUUGCUCUUCUGUAAAAUUCCAAGUGAUCGAAUGUAGGAAUAGAGGGACCAGAUCUUAUUGCUUAUUAUGUUCGUUGGUUUUUUUCCCCUUAUUCUCAUCAUCCGGACCUGAUUUUUAUUGGAUUCAUGCUGUAUGCUCCUUGUAAGUAAUUCAGCAAUGCUGCUGUAUAAUUUUCUGCCAAAAUUUUGGAAGUAACCAUAAUUAGUUUUUGAUUGGUA